AUGGACAGCUGGGACCCGAGUCUAAGAGAGCAGUUUAUUUUGUUUGUUUUAUUUUCAGCCAUAUUGUCUGUGAUUGGAAAUGGAGCUGUGCUCACUGUGGCCGUCCUGAAAUCAUCUCGACUGAAGCCUGCUGAGCUGCUCAGCGUAAAUCUCGCAGUGACUGACCUGGGCAUGGCGCUCACCAUGUAUCCGCUUGCUAUUGCCUCAGCUUGGAGCCAUGGCUGGCUGGGAGGUGACAGCUCCUGCGUUUAUUACAGCUUGGCUGGAUUCCUUUUUGGUGUGGCAAGCAUCACGACGCUGGCUGUUAUGGCUGUUGUUCGCUUAAGCCUAACCUCAACGUCUUCUGUUACAACCAAUAAACUAAACCAGAAGAAAAUCCUGCACGCCAUUGCCUUCAUUUGGCUCUAUGCCUUAUUUUGGGCCGUCCUUCCACUGUGCGGGUGGGGAAAAUAUGGACCUGAGCCCUUUGGUAUCUCCUGCUCUAUCCUGUGGGCAGCGGCACACGAAUCACGUAACCAGUCCUCAUUCAUCGUGGUGAUCUUUAUGCUCUGUAUUAUUUUGCCCACCAUCAUCCUUGUGCACUGCUAUUCCCUGAUAGCCUGGAAACACCACAAGGCCUACAAGGCAAUGAAGAACAGGGAGCAGAUCCCCAAUGCCGGGAAGCUGGACAGACAGCUAACUCUGAUGGCCGUUUUGGUCACCGCUGGCUUCCUUAUCUGCUGGACACCUUACGCCGUGGUCAGUUUCUGGUCCAUGUUCUACUCCAGCACCAACAUCCCACCUGAGAUGAGCCUGCUGCCAUGUUUGUUCGCCAAGUCCUCCACCGUGUACAACCCUUUCAUUUACUACAAAUUUAGUAAAACCUUUAGGAAGGAGGUGAGGGAUCUCAAACGAUACUGUCAGUGCUGCCUGAAGGUGACCGACAGUGGCAACCCCUCAGGAAAGCAACCUACUGUACGGAGGAUGGAAAAGAACGUUGUUGACAUCAGACCGGUGUCCAUCGAUAAUAAUAAAAGUAACCAAGAAAUGGAGGGAGCACUAGAGCUGAGUAAUGGCACCUUCUGUUAA